GCUCGUCUGACGCUUGAGGUACUCCACGAUUUGACGUCAUCCCACCGCAUAUGCCUUUUCCUUUUCCGCAUUCCUCCACAGCUAAGUAAACUCACUUUCCCAUUGUUCAACUAAGGCAAGAACAUCUCUCAUUUUUCUUCACUGGUUUUGCUUAGUCUAGUGUACAAGUUUAAAAAAGAGCACCACUGGUUUGGAGGUCAACUGUUCAAAGGGGAACUUGUCUUGUUAAGAGAAGCAAGUGCAUCAUGACUUAAAAAGUCUGAAAGUGCAUGUUGAUUUGUUGAUCAUGAUGGAAGGUUCUGAAAGCUUCACUGACACUGUGCUUUCUUGGUCCCUUGAAGACAUAUGUAAUGAAAACCUUUACAAGCACCAGGUGGAAAAGAUUCCCGAGUCAGUUCAACAAUUUGGGGCAUGUUCAUAUCCAUUAUUGGAUGAAACUCGAGCUCAGUUGCAAUCCAGUAUGGAAUCCAUGCACAGCGCGCCAUUUUGUCAAGUAAAUGCCAUCCAACAGUCAAAGCCCUAUGAAGGAGAAACAAAGCUAUAUGAUAUGGAGAUUGAUGGCUGGAGAAACAGUGAUUCUGGCAUGGAGUUGCACAAACCCAUUCAGGGAGAUGUUUUUGUUUUAGCAGAUGCUAAACUCGAAACUAUAUCUGAUUUACGAAAGUUGGGGAGGUGGUGGUCACUUGUAAUAGUCACUGAGGUCUCCACAGACAAGAAAGAGGAUGAUAGAACCUCUCUUUCCCUUAAAGUCAGAGCACCGAAAGAAUUUGAAGUCAACAAUGGCAAUGGAACAUCACUGUUUUUGGUCUUCUUAGCAAACAUAACUCCUAACUUAAGGAUAUGGAACGCAAUGCACAUGUGCAUCAGUUCCAGAUGGAAGGUGCUGUUUGGUGAUAACUUUAUGAAAUCAUUCAAAAACUUGAAGUCAUUCCAAAAGAAGAUGUCAGUGCUGAAUCUUCUUCUCAAGCUUUCGAGUGGCUGGAGACCCAAGAAACGAAAUGUAGACACAAUAUGUAAAAGCUCUUCGAUGACACUGAAGCAAUUUAAGGUUGAUGAUCUAUAUAUUGUUUUGACAAUCGACAUUGAAAAGGAUUUGAAAUACAUGCAAGUGUUGAGGAUGUGGGACUUAUUGCCUGGUCUGUUGGAUAUCCAAAAAUUGGCAGAUCGAUUGGACUGCAUAUUUAGUAGAUACACAAAUCUUUUUGUCAAUCUCUGUAGAGAGAAAUGUCUUGAGGGUCAUUUGGAAGUUCCAGCAAGCUGGCCCCUCUCUUUGGAUGUUGUCCGCUAUAAAGAUCUAAGCAGCACCGAAAGCAUGAGUAAUUCUGUUGGUGACUCUUCUGCGAAUGGAAGUUGUGUUGAGAAUUCAAAGGUCAAUGAGAGCUUGUUGCUGAUGAAGUUUUACUCCUUAUCAUCUGGGGUAGUGAACUUCUUGUUAUCUGACAGAGAGGACAGCAAAGUGGAUCUCCCUUUUGAAGUUACUGACCAAGAAAGGGAGGCUGUUCUUUAUGAUAGAAGUAUAUUUAUACUAGGACGGUCAGGCACUGGAAAGACAACAGUUUUGACUAAAAAGUUAUAUCAGAAAGAACAGCAGCACCAUAUGGUUGAUGAAGGUUUCUAUGAUGUUGAAAGCAAUGCAGUCGGGCAUGCUGGUCUGCAUAAUAAAGCUGGACAGAGUUCUUCUUCUGCAUUAAAUAAAGGGACUGUGUUACGCCAGCUUUUUGUGACCGUGAGUCCUAAACUCUGUUUUGCCGUCAAACAACAUUUUUUACGCUUGAAAAGUUUUGCUUCCGGCAGAAGCAGUUUGGUUGAUAUGGAUGAUUUUGAUGAUGAGGAAGCUCAAUUUAGGGGUAUCCCAGAUUCUUUUUGUGAUAUUCCUCCAAAAUGUUAUCCUCUUUUCAUAACAUUUCAUAAGUUCUUGAUGAUGCUUGAUGGAAGUCUGAGUAAUUCAUACUUUGAAAGAUUCCCAGACAUCACAAAACUACCUCAAGGUCGACAGCGAAUAUCAAGAGCUAAUGUGCUGCAGACCUUCCUCACCACCAAGGAGGUCACAUAUACAAGGUUUAGCUCAUCAUAUUGGCCUCAUUUUGAUGUUCAGUUGACAAAGAAGCUUGAUGCUUCACGAGUCUUUACUGAGAUUAUUUCUCAUAUCAAAGGUGGUCUUAGAGCCUUGGAAGCAGGCGAUGGAAAACUCACUCAGUUGGAUUAUGUGCAAAUGUCAGAGGGCCGGGCUUCCAGUUUAAGCCAGCCAAAAAGAGAGAUAAUAUAUGAUAUAUUUCAGGUAUAUGAGAAAAUGAAAAUGAGAAAUGGUGAGUUUGAUAUUGCUGAUUUUGUAAAUGAUAUUCACCGUCGGCUCAAAUGUGAAAAAUACAAGGGUGAUGAAAUUGAUUUUGUGUACAUUGAUGAGGUCCAGGAUCUUGCCAUGAGCCAAAUUGCAUUGUUUAAACAUAUCUGCAGCAAUGUUGAAGAGGGUUUCGUUUUUUCUGGAGAUACAGCCCAGACUAUAGCAAGGGGUAUUGAUUUUAGAUUCCAAGAUAUACAACAUCUCUUUUACAAGAAGUUUGUAUUGGAAUCAAGAAACAAAAAACAUGACAAUAGGAAAGAAAAAAGACAGAUCUCAAACAUCUUUCAGUUGACACAAAACUUCCGAAGCCAUGAUGGGAUGCUGAAGUUGUUGCAGAGCAUUGUUGAACUGAUUUAUCAUUUUUUCCCCCUCUGUAUUGAUGUCUUAGAACCAGAAACGAGUAUGAUAUAUGGGGAAGCUCCGAUUCUACUCUAUUCUGGAAAUGAUGAAAAACUAUUCAAAAAAAUUCUAGGAAGUAGUGGGAUUAUUGCCGGAAAUAUGGGUGGCUUUGGUGCGGAUCAAGUUAUUUUGGUCCGUGAUGAUUGUUCUCGAGAAGAAAUCUCUAACUCCAUUGGGAAGCAAGCUCUAGUUCUUACUAUAGUGGAGUGCAAGGGCCUAGAAUUUGAGGAUGUACUCCUAUACAAAUUUUUUGGAUCAUCACCACUGAAAAAUCAAUGGAGGGUGCUAUAUGAAUUCAUGCAAGAACAAAAUUUGCUGGACUCCACAUUACCUGAGCGCUUUCCAAGUUUUGAUGAUGCCAAACACAGCAUGUUAUGCUCUGAACUAAAGCAGUUAUACGUGGCUGUCUCUCGUACAAGACAGAGACUCUGGAUAUACGAGAAUGUUGAAGAACUUGCCAACCCAAUUUUUGACUAUUGGAAAAGGAACCAUCUUGUACAACUUAGAGAACUAGACGAUUCACUUGCACAAAUUAUGCAAGUUGCAAGCACUUCAGGAGACUGGAGAUCACGUGGCAUCAAGCUAUAUCAUGAGCAUAACUACAAAAUGGCCAGAAUGUGCUUUCAUAAAGCUGGUGAUACAUUUUGGGAAAGACGGUCUGAAGCUGCUGAACUUAAAGUCAAGGCAGACCAUAUGCGCACUUCUAGUCCUGGAGAGGCAAAUGCACUCCUUAGGAAAGCAGCUUCAAUUUUUGAAGCUAUAGGCCUGUUUGUACCUUCUGCCAGAUGCUUUUAUGAUUUGGGCGAGUAUGAACGAGCAGGUACAAUUUAUUUGUAUAAAUGUGGCGAACUGGAACUGGAAAAUGCUGGGGAGUGCUUUUAUCUUGCUGAAAAUUAUGUGCUUGCUGCAGAUGUGUAUGCUAGAGGAAACUUUUUCUUUCAGAGUAUUUCUUCUUGUUUACGAGGAAAUAUAUUUCACAGAGGUUUGGAAUACAUAAAAUAUUGGAGACAACAUGCAAGAGACGAGUAUGAUCUGGCCAGACAAGGAGAUGAGACUCAUGAAAUGGAAUUGGAAUUUCUUGAGCAUUGCGCAUUUCACUAUUAUGAGGGAAAAGAUGACAGAUCAAGGAUGAAAGUUCUUAGAGAUGGGAUGCUUUCUACUCGAAAGUUUUUGAAUGCUCAGAUUUCAUCACGCACUUCAAAAUAUUUGUGGGAAGAAAAACUGCCUGGUGAUCUUAAAAGGCCUUCAAACAAAAAAUAUGAGAAGCAGGUUUCUAUUGAUUCACUGGUCUACUUCUGGAAUUCUUGGAAGGAUACAGUUGUACACCUGAUUGAAUAUCUUGGAUCAAUAGAUGUUAAUGAUUACAUUAGUCAUGGUGACUCCUUUCUGAAUUAUUUAGGGGUGUGGAGGCAUUUUCAUGAUGGUCUAAAUCCGCUCUAUCUUUCACUCAUUUAUGAUAUUGACUGGGUGAGAAGUAUUGACAAGAGAUCUUUCCCAAGAAAUGAGGAGUCGGUCCCCAUUGAUGUUCACCAGCUUGUCUUGGAUGCUCAGAGUUAUUGGAGUUCAGAGAUGCUUUCUCUUGGCAUUAAGGUUUUGGAGAAGCUUGAAGUGCUUUACAACUUCGCAAUCAAUAAUUCUGAUUCAGUGUUCUGCCAGAGUUGGUCUCUUAUCCAUAUAUACGAGGUUGCAAUAUAUCUUCUGGAAUCCAAAUUUCUGAAGAUGACUCAUUAUCAUGCUGAGACACUCCACAGAUUUGUUACAUUGUCGACUGAGAAUUUUGUCUCUUACAUAUUUCCUUUAGAUUGGAUGAGGUCAUCAAGAGAGGAUAUGAUUUCUCUUAGGCAAAUUGAUUCUUGUAAGUGUUUACUGCAUCAAGUCAUAGUUGAGUACAUCAGCUCGACAAACAGGCUUUCAUCUGGGCAAAUGGGAUGCAUUGCGAUGAUCAUUCUCGGGUCUGGUAAGCUGGAUAAUGAACUUUAUGAGAAGCUUAUAAAAAAUCUAGACUGCAACUCUCCAUGGAAAAAGUUCAUUGAGGAUCUAUGUGACAGUAUUCAGUCAGAGCUGCCAGAAGGUUAUAAUAGUGAGCGACCUAAAAAUGCCACAGUUCUAGAAUAUUCGGUGGCACCUGAGAGAGGUCCUUUACUUGGAAAUAUCAGUCAAGAACCGAGAGAGGUGUCUCUUUUGUGGAAGUUCCAUGGUGCUUUGAUCAAAACUUAUAGUCAGAAUUGGAGUUUACAUUGCUACAAUAUAACACCUGAUUGCUUCUUAUAUCUUGUAGAUUGCCUUCUGAUUCGGAUCUGUUGCUUUCAAGGUUAUGCAAUCACUACAAGAUCUUGUUUCAUUGAGCGGCUGAUAUAUAAGGAGGAACAUAAUCAAGUGAUAGUGGAUGAUGUUCGAAUAUCUUUUGACUGCAUCCUUCAGUUUCUGACUGAUGUUCUUCGGGAAUUUCUUUUUAAUAAGACGGAUAUGAUUAAAUGGAUAAAAAAGUGUACCAAUAAUAGUUGGAAGAUGUAUUACUCGCUACUGAUGCAGAGAUUGGUUUUUGUGUUAUGUCUGCUUUAUUUGAAUUUUGGGAUGGGCUUUGAUAUUCUCUUGGAUUUGCUGAGGAGGAAGUACAUCACUGACCAGCUACCAAAGGAGUUCUGCUAUGUCCUUAGGGGAAUUGCAUCUUUACGUGAUUCUGUUAGUAGACAUGUUGAUGUGCUAGCUGGAGCUUUUAAGAAGAGCGGUAAUCCUUUGGUGGUUGCAAGUUUUGGGAUUGAUUGUUCAAGGUUCUUCUGUUCAGAUGCCAUUAUCAUCAACAUGAAGGCUAACAUAUGCAUGGCUGAAAUAGUAAGAUCUCUGUUUCCAAAACACUCUAUGGUUCGUUCUUCACAAGGGCAAACAUACACCACUGAAAACCUUCGGCAUUGGAACAGAAAUAACUUCCCUGUGGAUUUUGAUCCCUUGUGGGAAAUAUUUAAAGGUUUUAAACCAGCAAAGGAAAGAGAUCAGUGCAAUAUAUUUUCAGAUGCCUCAACAAUCAAGUUGGAUGUGGAGAAGAUUAUUCGGCUUUUGGCUGCUGCAUGGUCUGGCCUUGAUGACAAAGAAGAACGAAAGUUAUCUAGAGAAGUGCUGAGCAUGCUGGAUGAAUUGGUGCAACUCUAUGCCGCAUUAGAUGGGAGCAGCGAACGUGAAGUUGGAAACAAUAUGGCUACAGUUGCAGAACUUUCCAGGAGGUUGCAGUGGAGAAGUCAAAGAUUUUUUUGGCCGGAAAAAAUUCAGCCCAUCUUCACUGAACUGUAUAUGGAGCACAAUACGAAACUAGCUAGGAAGGCACAUGAGGCUGUUGCCAAGUCUGGCCACGACAAUGAGGCAGGAAACGGUGAUCGACUGUAAAGCUGAGGAAAAAGCAUAUAUAUGCUAGUUCCAAUUCAAAUUAAGCCUUCACAAGUUGAUGCUGCCACUGCAGCAGAAACUCAAACUGACAGCUACGGGACUGGAAACAUGAAGAAGGCGAUGCGAUUGAUGAUGCAUGCCACAGAACUCUCUCAUUCCCUAUUCUCUAUUCUAAAGCGCAAACCUCCCUACACUUUUCAUUUUCGUUUGUCGUUUUCCUUAUGAAAGUGUGUUUUCUAUUUGUUUACAACUCCGCUAUAUAUAAAUCAAACAGACGUGUGUUUUUGAUACAAGUUAUUGUAAAACUUGAUGGAAGUGUUUUAGGUA